UAUAACAACCUCUCAACUCCCAUCUUUAGACCUCCCUUCAUCACCAUAUUCCAAUUUUAAUUUCUUCCAUUACAACAAUCAAAAAUAGAAAUAAAAUUCUUCAAAUAUUUAUUUCUUUUAAUUAAAAAAAUAAAAUUCAUUAUGGGAAAUAGCUUAAGGUGCUGUUUGGCAUGUGUACUUCCAUGCGGAGCAUUAGAUUUAAUCCGCAUAGUUCAUCUAAAUGGUUAUGUAGAAGAAAUUACAAGACCAGUAACAGCUGGGGAAAUUCUCCAAUCAUAUCCAAACCAUGUCUUAACUAAACCUUGUUCCAACGGUAAUAAUAUGGUUGGAAAAAUCAUGAUUUUAUCCUCUGAAUCAAAGCUUAAACGUGGUACUAUAUAUUUCUUGAUCCCUGAUUCAUCAUUACCGUCUGAUCAUUCUAAAUCUAGAAAGUCUUCUAGUAAAAAUAAAAUCAACGAUCGGAAAAUUUAUGAUAAUCAUGGUAUUGGUAAGUCUAAAGUUUGUGAUGUACCAGAUAAUGAUCAGAGUGAUAAUAAUAAUAAUAAUAAUAUUACUAAAAAUAGUAAGUUUUUGAGUUUAGAUUUGUCUACAAUGGAUAAUAAGGAAAAUAAUGUUGUUUUUGAAACAAAAUUAAAAUCUAAAUCUAAAUCAGGAAAGCAUCAAAGAAGAAGAAGCAGCAGGGGUAAAAGUGGUAUUUGGCAUCCUCAUUUGGAGAGUAUUACUGAAGAUUUAUGAUUUUUUAUUUUUAUUUUUAUAUUCUAUUUUUUUGGAAUUUUUAUUUUUCCAACUCCUGGGAGAUUUGCAAUUUUAUAGAAAGUAUGUUAAUUGCAAAUAGAAUCCUUUUUUCCCUUGUCAAAUUGUUAAGGUGUUGGAGAAGUUAAUUUAUUGUGAAUACAUUUCAAUUUUAUUUUUCUCCAAGUUGAGAUACAUUGGAGUGUAUUAAAAAGUUGAGAUAUACAUAAAAAGUUUUAAUUUUAUUACAACUACUUUCAUCAUUUUUUUUUAUUGUAUAUUACAUCUAUUCUGAAAUACUUGCAAUUAAUUGUGAUAUUAUGUUGUGUGGGAAAUAUCACUAGUCGUUGAAGUAUAAUGAAAUAGAUGAAGCAUAAUCUAAGAUUCGUGUUUUAUGUCAAAAAUUUAGGUCUGAUUACACUUAAACUUGAAAAAUACUAAUUGUCAUACAAUUAAUUUUU